CCCUUCCUACUCUCACGCCCAUGGCAGAACAACGCCUUACGAUGGACAAGGUCGUCGGAUACCCACGAGUCUUUAGUGAAGUCACCCUAGUCCCUAUCCAGUUUAUGCGCAUGGUAGCCAAGAAUCCAGUCGCAACACUAGGGAAGCUCGCUAUUCUUCCCAGCAAGCUCCUGGACAACAUCAUUUCUACAUGCUGCGAUAUCCAGACCAUUGCCAUAUCGUUUUCCCUCGUCAAUAGAAGUACCCGAAAGGCCGUCGAUGAAUCACUCGCUUUCCAACGCGUCUCCUAUUAUGCCCUCGAUGCACUCGUAGCAAUGCUUAGAACACACGCUGGCUCGUUUUUCACCCUCGAGGACCUCUAUAAUGCUCUUUGUAGCAGUCCUUCAUGCGGCUCAUGUGGUAAUUCUGGUUCUCUGAUCUGGCUCCUCGAGUGCCGACGGUGCUGUAUGCCUUGUCUUCGUUCACCCGAGCUCCUUCCCAUCAACGAGUAUGCGGCAACCAAGCUGUUUGGAAUAUCAGCAGCUACGUUAGCGGGUCUACCUGCUGUCUGCUCCGAAAACAGCUGGAACGAUUAUCUGGAUUUUCGGCGUCUUCUGAGCUUCACAAAAGUUCGCGGAGUGGUUGUCGAAGAAGCGGGAGGCGAGGCGCAGCUUAUGGCUCGUAUCAAUUCCACACCCCAACGCAAAGCAGUAUAUGAGUCUUGCAUCUCCCGGUGGACCAAUUCGGAAAGGAAGCUUCGGGCCCGGUGGGUGGCAGCCGCCCCUCUACCUUAUUUCAACAGAUGCUCGGGAAAGAUUGACAAUGACCUCUUCUGCGCAGGCUGUCGAUGGGUGAUUCAGUCGAGUGAAGGCGUCUACGGGGACGAGACAUACGCUAAGGCAUACCGCCGAUAUAAUACAGUUUAUACAACAUCAGAUCUCAUCGAGCACGUACGGACAGAUUGUCCAGAAGGGCAGCGUAUAUGGAAGCGGUAUUUGAAGGAGUCGAAACAAUGAAGCGAACACAAUACUACUCUGUAGAUACAGUACGCACAAAGGUUCUCUGGCACGUUUUCACAGAAUGACUUUAUUUCAUGCAGAAGACAAAUCUCAUUAGACUCCUCAUCGUAAAUGAACGUAAAAACUGGCAAUUAAUCCUAGUGCACACAAAUUCUUAUCAAAGUCACGUAUACAAAGGCAGAACAAGGUAUACUCUUGGCGAAACCCGCUACAGCUUUGCAAGUGAUACAUGGCCCCGCUCUUUCC